AUCAACUAUACGUCAUGAGGCUUAUAGAUUAUUUAAACAACUGGAAUUAACAGCAUACUCGCAUACCUUCACUAAUUUACUACCUGGUGGAGAUAAACGUAAGCUGUCCGUUGCUAUUGCUUUGCUUGGUUCCCCACGUUUAAUCAUGCUAGAUGAACCAACCUCUGGUGUUGAUCCAUUUUCACGUCGUUGUAUAUGGCGUGCAUUGAUUGAGAAUAGAUCGAAUCGUGUGAUUGUGUUUAUUACACAUCAUAUGGAUGAAGCAGAUGUACUAGCUGAUCGAAAAGCAAUUGUUAUUGGAGGCAAAUUGAUUUGUUUUGGUACUUCGAAGUUUCUGAAGACUCAAUACAGACCUGGUUAUGUGCUUAGCUUAACUGUUAUUACUAAUCAGGAUAAUCUACAUCAGUUGAAAUCAUUUAUCCUAAAUAUUUCACCAGAAAUAAGUCUACUACAUGAAUACCGGGAUCAAAUACAAUUUUUUAUUCAACCAACAAUCAUCCAUAAUGUUAUGAAUGUAUUAUUCAAUAUUAAUACAGAAAAAGUAUUCAGAGAAUGUGAUGUCGUCGGUAUUGGUAUCUCUGUGACGUCAUUAGAAGAAAUAUUCUUGAAAAUUAGUGAAUGUCAUCCAGAUACACGAUUUGACGAAGGUGAAUUUGGUGAUCCACUUUCAAGUGGUAUUGAUAAACAAACAGAUCAUGAAGUGAAUAAGUCUUCAUUAUUAUCAGCAUCAGUAUCUGUAUCAGGAACAUCAUCAUCGUCAUCAUCAUCAUCACCACCGCCUACCUCUUCAUCUCCCUUCUCCAAAUCAUCACCCACCUCUUCGUCAUCAUCAUCGACAGCAUCUAUGGCUUUCAAUUCACUGAAUACCUCUUAUAUGUCGUUGAAAUUGAAACUUGCCAAUUUAUACAAUCAAUUAGUGAUAGGCUUUAGACAAUUUCGUCUAUUGCUACGUGUUCUGUUAAGUUUAACUAUUCUACCCACACCAUUAUUAUUAAUUCUCAGACUGUCUAUACCAGUGAUAAUAAUGGCUAUCUCGUUGUUGAUCUAUCAGAUAGAAACAUCAAAUGAUGAAAAGAGUAUUGAAACAUCACAUGGGUAUGUAACAAGAGAGAAUAUUACUCAGAGUAGAUUACACAUAUCGAUUGCUUAUCCAUUAGAAUCAGAUGGUCAUCCUUCAUCGAAAUGGGAUGAAUCACGCUUCCUGCAUGACUUAUUAUGCAUGAAACCACAAAUGGGUUAUCGUGAACCAUAUGUUAAAUUUCUACCAUUUAUUAAGUCUACAUCAUCUAGUGGAUUAAGUGUUGAUUCCACAGACACAUCACAAGAUUAUGAUCUAUACGGUUCAGUUCGAAUGGAUAUAGAUGAAUGGAAUGCUGAUAACUCGAAAGUCACUCUGAUUCUUGGUAAAAAGGAUUAUGACAAUGCAGCUCAAAUUAUUCUAUAUCAUUUUACUCUAUGGAAUUGUAUGCACUUACGUAAUCUCAAAGAACAAAAUAAAGAGAAUUCAUUGUUUCAUGAGAAUGGUGGAAAUGUUCCAUUAAUUGGUGAAUUUAUAUCAUGGCCAGAACAAUGGCCAGAAAUACAUCCACAGUUAUCAAUGGCUAGUGCAUGUAUUUAUCUGGUUUCAUGCAGUGUAGCUACAUGUGCUCUAAGUCCAUUAAUAGCUAGUGAUAUUGUACGUGAUAAAGAGCUUCAUAUACUUUCUCAAUUACAUUUAUAUGGAAUGAAACACUGGUCAUAUUGGGGUGCACAUUUCCUCACGCAUAUAUUACAGUAUCUACUAUUGGUUUGUUUUACUACAGUAUUCAUGUUCCCUUGCAAGAAUCAUAUAUUAUCAUAUUGGCAAAGUGGUCUAUUACAUAACUGGUUAAAUUUUUUAACUGCAAUCGAUAGUAUCAUUACAAUUUAUGUCGGGUGUUUAUUUAUCAAUCGACCAAGUGCUGCAACAGUAUUAUUUGGAUCAACAAUAUUAAUUGUUAUCUUCGUGAUGAUUAUCAUCUUUUUCACACCACUGGAAUAUUUAGCGACUGUCUACUGUUUGAUCAUAUUAGUAUUUCCUUUCGCCGACCCAUUUUUGGCUUUACUACUAACAGAAUUUAGAUUGAGAUGUGAGAAAGUAUUCUUGUUUGGGAAAUCUGAUGUCGACUAUAUCACAUCAUUAUCUCGUCUAUUACAGUAUGAGCAUAAUAAAGCUAGUCAAACUAUACAUUUAGUGCGAAUAUUCAUUUUCAGUGGUCUAUUUAUCGGAACAAAUGUUUACAUUCAUCAUAUUAGACCGCAUCAAAGAAAAGUGAAUUAUUAUAAAGUGCUUAAACAGUUGAGACCGUUAAGUGAAAUGAAGACAAAACACUUACCACCACUGGUACGAAAAGAAACUGAGAAAGUUCAUGAAUUUACAAGACAUCCAAAAUCUAGUAAUACAGUUGCAUUUGUAUACAAUUUAACAAAAAUUUAUUUAACCGGUGCAUUGUCAUACGUUCGUCGACUUCUUCUCCUGUUUAAUUCAAAAAAUAGACCUAUCCAACAUGCUAAAGUAGCUAUUGAAGGCGUUUCAUUUAUGGUUGGACAUGGCGAAAUGUUUGGUAUACUCGGUCCAAGUGGUGCUGGAAAAUCAACCUUACUCGAAUGUCUAUCAAGUAUAAUAAAUCAAACAUUCGGUGAAGUUGGUGUAAUUAAUCCAAAGAUUGGUAAACUUGUACCGAAUUCAGUUGCUGUUAAAAAUGGUCUAAUCGGUUUCUGUCCACAGUAUAAUCCAAUUUGGCCACAGUUAACAGUUAGAGAACAUUUUGUCAUUUAUUCUGUAAUGCGUAAUGUUAAUAAACGUAUAUUAAAACAACAUGUCAACUCCAUCUUGAUGUUAGUUGGCCUGGUUAAAUACAGUAAUACAAUUUCAGGAUCACUAUCUGGAGGAUGCAAACGUCGGGAGCACUUUGUUAAAGUGUAUCAAGGGAACAAACAGAGGUUGUAUUGUAUCGACACACGCUACUGAUGAAGCUGAAGCUGUCUGUGAUACUUUAGCCAUACUUGUCAAUGGAUGUACACUAUCUAUCGGUUCACCAUAUCUUACAAAAGGUACAUGUAGUAAAGGCUUGAUUGUUGAUGUGAAAAUGUCACGUGAUUAUAACUUACCACCAGCAAACGCCGAUGAUGAAGUGCAGCAUAAUAUGGAGGCAUUUAUUCGACGAAUACGUAUUAUGUGUAAAGAUAUAACAAUAAUUGAUCAAUUCGGUGAUCGUGUUUGCUUACAAAUUGAUUCACAUUUGGAACAACCAUUUAAGGCAACAUUAAAUAGAUUAUUAACAGCUCAUCAGUCUGGAUUAGUUGAAGAUUUUAAUUUAACUACACCAACUUUAGAACAGGCAUAUUUUGAAUUGGCUAAAGCUUAUUCUAAACAAAAGGCAACUAUCAAUUAAAUCUGAUUUAACUAUUACUGUUAUUAUUAUUAUUAUCAAAAACACAUCAAAACACAAAUGUAUCCUGAUUAUAUUGAUUUUUGAUCGUUCAAGUAGUAUAUAAAGUUAGUUGGUUGGUUGGUUAGUAA